AUGGCCAGCGGCAGCCCUGCCAAGAUGGACAGCAGCGCCAGCCAUCCUCCGCCUCCCCCGCCGUUCCUCCAGCCCGCCUGCUUCUUCGCGGCCGCCGCCGCUGCGGCCGCCGCAGUAGCCGCUUCACACAGCGCGCAGCAGCAGCAGCAGCAGCUGAGCCCGGCGGCGGGCAGCCAACAGAACCAGCCCUCUCCGGGCGUCGCCAAAGCGUCUGCUGCGGCUGCGCCGAAGCAGCAGCAGCAGCAGCAGCCGCCUCAGCAGCAGGUCAAGCGGCAGCGCUCGGCGUCGCCGGAGUUGAUGCGCUGCAAGAGACGCCUCAACUUCAGCGGCUUCGGCUACAGCCUCCCUCAGCAGCAGCCGGCGGCGGUGGCGCGGCGGAACGAGCGCGAGAGGAACCGCGUCAAGCUCGUCAACCUGGGCUUCGCCACUCUCCGCGAGCACGUCCCCAACGGCGCGGCCAACAAGAAGAUGAGCAAAGUGGAGACGCUGCGCUCGGCCGUCGAGUACAUCCGAGCCCUGCAGCAGCUGCUCGACGAGCACGACGCCGUCAGCGCCGCCUUCCAGGCCGGCGUCCUCUCGCCCACCAUUUCCCCCAAUUACCCCAACGACAUGAACUCGAUGGCAGGCUCGCCUGUCUCCUCGUACUCCUCGGACGAAGGGUCCUACGACCCGCUCAGCCCCGAAGAGCAGGAACUGCUGGAUUUCACCAACUGGUUCUGA